UGUAGUACUAUCUUAUUUAAUACUCAAACCCUACCUGGUGGGGAACACGUAAACAUUAGCCAUUAAAUAUCUCAACUCUUCUCUUCUCUUGUACUUCGCUCUUACCACAGACGAAGAGGAAGAAGAAGAACACAGCUACCAGCUACUACCAUCAUGAGUUUUCUACAUCUCCUCACUCUGUCUCUUCUCAUCUCUGUCUCAGGAGCAAAGUUCUCCGGCCGACCAGGAGUGAACUACGGCCAGCUCGGAAACAACCUCCCGUCCCCGUCCGACUCAGUCACCCUCAUCAAAUCCCUAAACGCGAAAAGCGUCAAGCUUUACGACGCCAACCCAUCCAUCCUCGCCGCACUGAACUCCACCGACAUCGUCGUCUCCAUCAUGGUCCCAAACGAGCUCCUCGUGAACAUAACCAAAUCCAAAACCCUCUCCGACGACUGGAUCCGCUCCAACGUCCUCCCUUUCUACCCCUCCACCAAGAUCCGCUACCUCCUCGUCGGCAACGAGAUCCUCUCCUCCCAAGACUCCGAGCUCAAAUCCGCCCUCGUCCCGGCAAUGCGCAAGAUCCAACGCUCGUUGAAGACCCUCGGAGUCAAAAAGGUCAAAGUCGGGACCACCCUCGCCAUGGACGUCCUCAACUCCUCGUAUCCUCCUUCCUCCGGCGAGUUCCGUCCCGACAUCUCCGGUUCGGUUAUGAAACCGAUGCUCCAGUUCUUGAACCGGACCAAAUCGUUUUUAUUCGUCGACGUCUACCCGUAUUUCCCAUGGGCCCAAGAUCCGGCCCAUAUCGAUCUCGAUUACGCGCUUUUCGAGCCCACCAACGUAACCGUCGUGGAUCCCGUCACGAAUCUCACCUACCACAACCUCUUCGACCAGAUGAUCGACGCUUUGGUCUUCGCCAUGAAACGCCUCGGGUACCCGGAUCUCCGGAUCUGGGUCGCGGAAACGGGUUGGCCUAAUAACGGAGACUACGACCAGAUCGGAGCCAACGUCCACAACGCCGCCACUUACAACCGCAACGUCGUCAAGAAACUCGCCGCCGAGCCGCCGGUAGGUACUCCGGCGAGGCCCGGGAAGGUUCUUCCGGCGUUUAUCUUCGCGCUCUACAACGAGAAUCAGAAAACGGGUCCGGGUACGGAGCGGCAUUUCGGGCUAUUGCAUCCGAACGGGAGCCAGGUGUACGAGAUCGAGCUGUCCGGGAAGACGACGGAGUAUAAGGAGGCGUUGCCGGCGCCGGAGAAUAACGAGGUGUACAAGGGGAAGAUAUGGUGCGUUGUGGCGAAAGGAGCGAAUUGGACUCAGCUUGGUGAUGCGCUGUCGUACGCUUGCUCGCAGGGGAAUAAUACCUGUGACCCGAUUAAACCGGGAGGCACGUGUCACAAACCGGAUUUGAUGGUUUUGCACGCCAGCUACGCGUUUAGCUCUUAUUGGGCCAGCUUUCGGAAGACCGGUGGGACUUGCUACUUCAAUGGGCUCGCCACUCAAACCAUCAAAGAUCCAGGCUACGGGCGCUGCGAGUUUCCUAGCGUGACAUUGUGACGACUUACGAGUUACGACAGUGUUGUGAAGAGAGAGACAUAGGAGGAAAGACCGCAAAGUGUUACGGCUUUGAUUAGCAGACCGGACACGUGAAACCGCUAGAUGUAAUGCUUGAUUGCUAGAAACUCCAAGAUGUUGUUUAUUUAAUUUGUUCCCCCUCGAAUUACAAAAAAACUCAUGAGUAAUAAAUUGGUUUUGUCUGUUAA